GGAUAUUUACGUCCACUUUCUCACAUCAAGAUGGCGGCGGCACGGGAGCGAGUCGUCCGUCUGUUGGUGCAACUCGAGCGUGCCACGUGUAGAUGUCCCGCCCACUCCAACACUUUCCACCAAGGCUCGGUGUACGGUCAGCGUCAAAUACCUCAAACGCGCCAAACGGACUACGCCUUCGAGAUGGCCAGUUCCAACAUCCGAUACGGAGAAGGAGUCAGCAGAGAAAUCGGCAUGGACCUCCGGAACUUGGGUGCCGCCAACGUGUGCAUAAUGACAGACGGCAACCUGGCCGAUCUGCCGCCCGUCAAGGCGGUUCUGGAGUCUCUAAACACCAGUGGUGUGGCGUACCAGAUGUACGAUGGCGUCCGCGUAGAGCCCACCGACAGCAGCUUCCUAGACGCCGUCGCCUUUGCCAAAAGGGGCAACUUUGACGCCUUUGUGGCAGUGGGCGGGGGCUCCGUGAUAGACACGUGCAAGGCUGCCAACCUGUACUCGUCUCACCCCGACGCCGACUUCCUGGACUUUGUCAACGCGCCCAUUGGGAAAGGCCGAGCCGUCACAGGCGCCUUGAAGCCGCUCAUCGCGGUCCCGACGACCGCCGGCACCGGCAGCGAGACGACGGGCGUGGCCAUCUUUGACUAUGAGCCCCUGAAGGCAAAAACGGGCAUUGCAAGCCGGGCACUCCGCCCCACCCUGGGCGUGGUGGACCCCCUCCACACUCUCAGCAUGCCCAGCAGAGUUGCCGCCAACAGUGGCUUCGACGUCCUUUGCCACGCGCUGGAGUCGUACACCGCCCUGCCGUACCACCGCCGCGCCCCCUGCCCUCCCGACCCCCUCCAUAGGCCCGCCUACCAAGGCAGCAACCCUAUCAGCGACGUGUGGGCACGACAUGCCCUCCGAGUGGUCGCCAAAUAUAUGAAACGGGCGGUGAAUGACCCGGAGGACGUGGAAGCUCGUUCCAGCAUGCACCUGGCCAGCGUGUUCGCCGGCAUCGGAUUCGGGAAUGCUGGUGUCCAUCUUUGUCACGGAAUGUCCUAUCCCAUCGCAGGGAAUGUGAAGACUCAUAAAGCAGAUGGAUACAAUGUGGAGCACCCCCUUGUGCCUCACGGACUGUCGGUGGUUCUGACAGCGCCGGCUGUUUUCGGCUUCACUGCUCCCGCAUGUCCAGAGCGCCAUUUGGAGGCCGCCGAAAUCCUUGGUGCUGAUGUGGGUCGCGUGAAGAGAGCGGACGCAGGUGCUGCACUGGCUGACACCUUGCGCAACUUCCUUUCAGAGCUGAAGGUGGAGGACGGGCUUGCCGCCGUGGGCUACAACAAAGACGACAUCCCCACGUUGGUCAAAGGAACUAUUCCGCAGGAGCGCGUGACUAAACUUUCUCCUCGUGAGCACAGCGAGGACGACUUGACGUGUCUGUUCGAGGCAUCCAUGAAGCUCUACUAAUAUAGAAGAGGUUGAAUUUGAACUUCUAAUUGAAAUUAUUCAGCAUCAAAAUUCAGCUGCAAAAAAAUUACUUGCAAAAUAUUCUGUCACAAAGAAUUCAAUUUUUUUUCUUGGUAACUGAAAUUUUUGUACCUGAACUUUUGUGACUUGAGUUUUUUGCAACCAGAUUUUUGACAUUAUUGUGUGGGGGGGGUUUUGCCGCCAAAUUCCAAUGGUGGAAAGAAAAAAAAAUUCAAAUUCAAGCUCAAGUGCCACAGAUUUACUUCCGUCUCGGAUCAUGACGGGAAAUCCACUCCAACAUUAUUUUUGGGGCACUUUUUUUAUUAGGAAACAUUUGAUACAAAUGAAGUUUUGAAUUUUUCAAAUCAAAUCUUGAAGUGCACUUUAAAGUCCAAUAUCAUAAAUCAUCAAGAAAUAAGACAAGUGGGAACCUAAACAAUUAGUAAGCCUUAAACAUUUCAAUCACUGAAGUCAACUAUAUCAUAAAUCAUCAAGAAAUAAGACAAGUGGGAACCUAAAUAAUUACUAAGCCUCAAAUAUGUCAAUCACUGAAGUCAAAUAUAUCACAAAUCAUCAUGAAAUAAGUGGGAACCUAAACAAUUAAUAUAUGACAGUGAAGUCAAAUGUCAUAAAUCAUCACCAAAUAAGACAACGGGAAACUUAAACAAUUACUAAGCCUGAAAUAUGUCACUUAAUGCAGUCAAAUAUCAUAAAUCAUCACCAAAUAAGACAAGGGGGGAACCUAAACAAUUACUAAGCCUUAAAUAUGUCAUUUAGUUUUAGUUCAAUGAAGUGAAAUCUGUGUACAGUUCUUGUUGAGAUAUAUAAAAGUGGAGAUUCUCCAUCAAUCAAUCAAAAUAAAAAGAUACUCAGCUUUAUUUAAAAGCUUCCAUUUUUGUUGUUCCAAGUUAAAAGGAGUCUAUUAAAGAGAUGUUCCUGCUCAAGAAAUCAAUAAAAAGCUGCAAUGAACAACCCGUCCAGUCCUUUUAAAAACAAACAAAAAAAAAAGCAACAAUUGUACGAUACUUACACACAUGGCUUACUUCCAAAUUCAUUCACUUGAGCAAAAUUACAGUCAAAAGAGUUGUCAAAAAGCAGGCGUGACCCUCGCGAUGACGCUUCAUGACUAUUCGCAGCCUCCGUCCGUCGUGACGUCUCUCUGUUAGGUCAGCCAAAAGAGAAUUUGCUCAAAGCGUGGCCCAAACAAGAAGCUUGAGUUCAGCCUACAUUGUUACACUUCUCAGAGUUAACACUAGAUAGAGCUGGUCAUUCAAACAGUGUCUCUCCUUUAGCUCAGGAGUCAAAACCUUACAUUUGAAAAUCAAAGUAGCAAACAGAAGAAUUUUAGUACAUAUUGUUUAACAUAAAUAAAAUAAUCCAAUCCAAUAUGAUAAAGUGAGCGAUCAUGGUUGUUAUUUUCUUUACUUUUUAUAAUAAUUUCAACCAUGUAUAACAAGAAUAUCAAAUGUAUUCAAUAUUUAACCCCUAGAUGACUGAAAAACAACAGAGGAAUACACAAGUAGUCAAGAUAGUAUUAUAGUGAUCCCUCGUUUUUCGCGGUUAAUGGGGACCAGAACCCGCCGCGAUAAGUGAAAAACCGUGAAGUAGCCCCCCCCCCCCCAAAAAAAUUGUGUGUGUUCAAUGUAUUUAUUAUUACUAUGUAUUAUUAGCAAUGGGAAUACAUAUAAGACAUGUUUUUCCCUUUUUUUCCCCCCAAAGUAUAAUUUAGAAAAGAUUAUGUAUAUAUUAUAUUAUAUAUAUUAUAUAUAUUAGGGCUGUCAAACAAUAAAAAAAUUUAAUCAGUUAAUUAAUUACAGCUUAAAAAUUAAUUAAUCGCAAUUCAAACCAUCUAUAAAAUAUGCCAUAUUUUUCUGUAAAUUAUUGUUGGAAUGGAAAGAUACAAGAUGGAUAUAUACAUUCAACAUACGGUACAUAAGUACUGUAUUUGUUUAUUAUAACAAUAAAUCAACAAGAUGGCAUUAACAUUAUUAACACUCUGUUAAAGCGAUCCAUGGAUAGAAAGACUUGUAGUUCUUAAAAUAAUAAUAACAAUAAUUACACAAUGCUCAUGGGUGCUGAAGCCCAUAAAAUCAGUCGCACCCAAGCGCUAGCAGAGGGCGACAAAAGUCCAAAAAACACAAGUAACAAGUGGACAUUGCACUGUGCUGUCAUUUUAAUCUGUUUGAGCGAGGCAUGUGCGUUAAUUGCGUCUAAAAAAUUAAUUACCACCCGUUAACGCGAUAAUGUUGACAGUCCUAAUAUAUACGUCAAAAAACAGACAAGACUGAAAAAGCAGUUUCUGCUCUUGCACCCCUCUUUAAAAUAAACUGAUGUAUUUUAAGCCAAAAGAACUGUUGUGUUUGAUAGAACAAUAUGUCUAUAUGCUGCCAUAGCAGAUUCAUGGCGCAUUAAGCCCCCAAACUAUUUUUAAUUUGUCCGUUUUACCCUGGCAAACCCCCGUUUACAGAUGUCGCGCAACCACUUUUGUUUCAACCCAGCCAUAAAAAGAAGGUAAUUAUAUUCAAACUGUCUGUAAUUUUUAGCUUAAAAUCAUUAAUUGAUGACUAAUAUCUCGUUUAACAAAAAUCGACUUUAAAAAAUUAUUCACUGGCAUAUUUGAAACUUUUAAACAAAUUACGUCACAAUGAAAAAAAUGGUGUCUGUAAAUAAGUCACGGAUGUCUACCUCAUAACUGUGGCUUAAUUUUUUUUUUGGGUUACUGUCACAUUUUCCCUGAUAUGUUAUUGGUAAAUAAUCGAUCCAAACAAAGAAAAAUUGCACACAAAAAAAACUUUUAAAAGGGUAAAUAUAUGAAAACGAACAUCUCGACCACUCCUUGAUGUCUGCGAUUUCUGCAUCGCGACCCUUGUUAUAUUACCAUGUUUCACCCAUAAAAUCGUCCAAAAAAUCCAGCUGUGGCCAAUCACAUCUGUGUCUUGACACUCGAUGAUACAUGCUACAUGGAGCUUUUGGAUCGAAAAGAGGUAAGUACGUGAUAAUAUCUCUUUUAAAUCGUGGCGUCUUUAAUUAUGCUCUCGCGUGCUCUCACCUCCAGUUAGGGUUUGGCUGUUUAAAAAUGUUUUUUUUCUUUAAAUACCCUCCUGUUUAAAAAUUUUCUUCCUCCAGAAAAUAAAGGUUUUAAGCUUUCCAAUUAUGUAUCACACUUGCAUAUAGGACCAUUUUGAAAUUUGGCCAAAUUGGGGGUCUCAGAGCAGAACUUCAAGUCACCCUGAGUGUUUUCCGCCAUAUAUACUAGUAUAUACAGUAUAUAUACACUCACCGGCCACUUUAUUAGGUACACCAUGCUAGUAACGGGUUGGACCCCCUUCUGCCUUCAGAACUGCCUCAAUUCUUCGUGUCAUAGAUUCAACAAGGUGCUGGAAGCAUUCCUCAGAGUUUGGUCCAUAUUGACAUGAUAGCAUCACACAGUUGGUGCAGAUUUGUCGGCUGCACAUCCAUGAUGCGAAUCUCCCGUUCCACCACAUCCCAAAGAUGCUCUAUUGGAUUGAGAUCUGGUGACUGUGAAGGCCAUUUGAGUACAGUGAACUCAUUGUCAUGUUCAAGAAACCAGUCUGAGAUGAUUUCAGCUUUAUGACAUAGCGCAUUAUCCUGCUGAAAGUAGCCAUCAGAAGUUGGGUACAUUGUGGUCAUAAAGGGAUGGACAUGGUCAGCAACAACACUCAGGUAGGCUGUGGCGUUCCAACGAUGCUCAAUUGGUACCAAGGGGCCCAAAAAUCAUCAAUCAUCAAAUCACCUUUCUUCCCCAUACUGAUGCUCGGUUUGAACUGCAGGAGAUUGUCUUAAACCAUGUCUACAUGCCUAAAUGCACUGAGUUGCCGCCAUGUGAUUGGCUGAUUAGAAAUGAAGUGUUAACGGGCAGUUGGAAAGGUGUACCUAACAAAGUGGCCGGUGAGUGUAUGUUUUAAUAAAUGGUUUUUAAGCAAUUGUAAUAAUUAUGAUCAGUUUUAAACAUGUUAGUGUCCCAUCAAAUUAUUUUUAAACAAGAAUAAAGUAGUAGAAAAAUCAAACACAAACAUCUGUCAAAUCUUUAACUUUAAUAAGCAACUCUAGUCCAGUGCCUGACCAACAAAGAGCAGGGAGAGGGAGGGAGCAAGAGUGAGACUACGCAAUCGGCUUGGGACUGCUCAUCUGUGUUUUUAAUUGAAAAAAAAUCCGCGAUGGACUGAGGGCGCGAAGUUUGAAGCGCAAAGUUGCGAGAGAUCACUGUACUACAAAAAAAAAUUUAAAAAAAAAAUAAAAAAAAAAAAAUCUUUAAAAAUACUACAAAAUAUUGGAAAAUCAUAAAAUGGAAAACAGCCCCCCAAAAAUAAUAUUUAAAAAUAAUUUAAAAGAAAUAAUAAAAAUUCAUUUUUAUAUAGCUUUUUCUUUUUCAUUUUUGAAAUGUUCAGAUUUUUUAAAAAUUUGAUUUAAUUUUGUCUACAUAUAUUUAUAUUUUAUAUACCGUAUUUAACUUUAAUUUUGUAUAACUUUUCAGAUUUUUUGUUUUGAUUUUCCAAUCCAAUUCGACUGUCAGCCCUCCCAAAAAUGAAGUCGCAGCAAAUGAGUUAUUACUUUGGACGCCUCCGUUUUACGCGUUUUACCUCAAAGGGCUCGCUUUUGAUCCUGAUCGUUUCGGCCACGUCGGCCACUUCGGCGGGCUGCAAGCACCACCACACUUCCUGCCCCAGCAGCGGGAAGCAGAAGAGCUCGCCUUGGCCAACGUCUCCUUGGCGAGCGCCACCCGCCGGCUGCAGGAGCCCGUCACUCUCGUGGGAAAUCGCUGUCAUCCUGGCAUCCUCUGACAGCUGAACACCAAAAGAAGCCACGGGUGGUCAGGAUAUCACCAUCGAAUUUAGCCUCUGCGGUUUACCUCCGGGCGAGAUGAAGUGGCGAUGGCGCCUCCGUGCUCCACGCUGUGGGCGGGGCUCCAGUCUGUCAGCAUGUUGAGAAUCUCGCCGCUCAUCAGGUGAUCCUGGAGCACAAACGCAUCAUGUAACUCAACAGUUGGGUGGCCAAUGCCAUACAUCCAGAUUUAUGUAAAAUUGUCCUUUAUUGAAGCCUUUAUUGGGCAUGUGACUACUUUUACCUACGCCCGUAAGAGGUGUGAAAAUUUUGGGGUUAUGAGGUCACAGAGGUCAAAAAAGGAAUUUCGCAAUAACUGAAGAACGAAUAAAGGGAUUAUUAUCAAUCUUGCAGGGUUGUUGUUUUCGUCAGUGAUGAAGAUAACUCAAAUCUUUCGUCGCAGAACAAUUUUUUUCAUUACGAUGACGAGAUGAUAACGAGCUAAAAAUGUGUCUUGUGAGACUAAAACAUUAUGAGACAUCUGAACUGCGACAGUGUCAUAUAAUCAUACUGUAGGGCAUUUUCUUAUUCUACGUGUAAUUAGUCAGCCUGCAUCGUAGCAAUGUUUGGGUCAUGUCACUCAUGUGAGAUAUGCUGCCCCCACCACCACCCACCAUCCUCACUAGUGUUUAGGAUGUGCUUCAAGCUGCAUUCCA